CAAAAGAUCUUGCAAUAUUUCAUUGACUGGAACAUCAAGUCUUCGCUCACCGCUCCUUCCACGUCCUAUAAAAAUCCAUUUCUAUUUGAAAAGAUAUCAAAAUUAUAAGCAGAUUUUUUUUUUAUUUUUAAUCUUUAAGGAUAACCAUGUCAGCCCUCAUAAUCUCUACAUAUUUUUGCUUAUUUUACAUUCUCUGCUUCAGCACAAGAAUUAGAUCGGAUCCUCUUUACCAUUAUUGCCCAAAUACAACAACGUACAGUCCUAAUAGCACCUAUCGAUCCAACUUGAAUCAGCUUUUCCUCACUUUAUCCUCAAACGCCACCCGGGAGAACGGAUUUUACAAUGACAUGGUCGGCCGUGGCCCUCCCAACACCGUCUACGGUCUCUUUCUAUGUAGGGGCGAUGUUAAUACCGAUGCCUGCCAACAAUGUGUGGAAAAUGCUACAACUGAAGUCCUACAACUUUGUCCCGAGGAAAAACGGGCAACUAUCUGGUACGACUAUUGCACGAUACGCUACUCAAAUGAAUCUAUACACUCGAGGCCAGAGGACUCGUUCACUUUAUAUAUAGCUAAUGUGCAAAACAUUACAGAUGAACCCAAUAGGUUCAAACAAUUAUUAGAAGAGACUAUGAAUGAAAUAACAUCAGAAGCUGCUAAUAGUAAUCCCUCCGGUAAGAGAUUUGCAACAAAAACAGCUCAUUUCACAGCGUCUGUCAGCCUGUAUACACUAGCACAGUGCAUGCCAUAUCUUACGAGUGGUGAUUGCGAUAACUGCCUUCGAAAUGCGAUCCCGCAAUUAAUAACAUGUUGUGAUAGUAGGAAAGGAGGGAGAGUUAUUGGCGAAAGCUGUAAUAUUUGGUAUGAGAUUUACCCCUUCUUUAAUUCUACUGUGGCCCCUCCACCACCGCCAACUCCUGUUCAACCACCGCUUCUCUCGCCAACUCCAAAUAUUCCUCCUGUUCAACCACCGCUUCUCUCGCCCUCUACAACCAGUCAAGGAAAUGGAGGAAUUUCAAAACAAGUUAUUAUUGCCAUCGUUGUACCAAUUGCUGUUUCCUUAGUGCUUGUCUUCAUAGGUUUCUGCUUCUUGACAAGGAGAACAAGGAAAAAAGCUUACGAUGCCGUCAAUAAGGAAAAUGACGAAGGAAACGAGAUUUCGUCAGUUGAAUCCUUGCAAUAUGAGUUGAAUACUAUUGCGCUUGCUACAAACAACUUUUCUGUUGACAACAAAAUUGGUGAAGGUGGAUUUGGUAGUGUCUACAAGGGUACUUUCCUAAAUGGACAAGAAAUAGCAGUGAAGAGGCUUUCCAAAAAUUCAGGACAAGGCGCAAAUGAAUUUAAGAAUGAGGUUGUACUUGUUGCCAAGCUUCAACACAGAAAUCUAGUAAGACUACUAGGAUUUUGCUUGGAAGGAGAAGAGAAGAUACUUGUUUAUGAAUUUGUGCCCAAUAAAAGCCUUGAUUAUUUUAUAUUCGAUUCAGAAAAACGGCAAAUGUUGGAUUGGUCAAAUCGUUACAAGAUCAUACGAGGAAUAGCACGCGGAUUGGUUUACCUUCAUGAAGAUUCUCGUCUACGAAUUAUACAUCGUGAUCUCAAAACUAGCAAUAUAUUAUUAGAUGAAGAUAUGAAUCCGAAAAUAUCGGAUUUUGGCAUGGCGAGAAUUUUUGGAGUUAAUCAGUUUCAAGGAAAUACAAAUAGGAUUGUUGGGACAUAUGGUUACAUGUCUCCGGAAUACGCAAUGCAUGGACAGUUCUCUAUAAAAUCUGAUGUUUUUAGCUUUGGCGUCCUUGUUUUGGAAAUCAUAAGCUCCAAGAAGAAUAGCAGCUUUUACCAAUCAGAUGGUGCUGAGGAUCUCUUAAGCUAUGCUUGGAAGCUUUGGAGAGACAAUAGACCAUUGGAAUUGAUGGAUCUAACAUUACAAAAUGCAUAUGUUAGGAAUGAAGUAAUUCGAUGCAUUCAAAUUGGCUUACUAUGUGUUCAAGAAGAUGCUGAUGAAAGACCAGACAUGGCUUCGAUACUUUUGGCACUCAAUGGUUAUUCAGCCACUCUCGUUGUUCCUCGUCAACCACCAUUUUUUAUUCAUAGUAGAACACAGAGCUUGCCCGAAGUUCAAGAUUCGGACAAAUCCACGUCAACCUCGACAGCCUUCUCUACAAAUAACGUAUCAAUUACUGAAUUAUAUCCAAGAUAGAAAAAUAUAUAUUGUCAUCAAAAGCACAAAUGAUAGAAAAAUAUAUACGUGAUUUACGUUGGCCGGAAUAUUUUACUUAUUUUAAAUCUUUUUUACCGUAAUUGGUUUGACCUGAA